AUGUAUUCAAAAAUAGACAUUCCCACGCCUAUAAAUGAUAAUAAUGUUCCGCGUUGGGCUAACCCUUAUAUGAUGAUGAUGGAUGAGGUGUCCAAGCUUAUCGAAGCUCCAGGCAGAAAAUGUGAUGGUGUAGAUAUCACGAAAGUCAGUGCUUAUGCUUGGUUUGAAGGCUUAUUUAAUGGCGGAAGAGACAUUUUCUCGACUUCCGAUGUUUCAUCGAACGCUACUCCUCUAAAUGUUCGUGACACAUUUCCUGCUAAUUCUUCAAGUUUCAACAAAGUAUGCGACACUAUGAAUUGUUACUGUGGAAAAUGUUUACCAGAGAUUUGGUAA